GCAGGGAGCCAGCUCCUUCUUUUCCAACUAUUCCAGAUGAAAUGAAACUCAGCAACGUUCCUGUGUUUUUAUAGAAGUGGCUGCCAGUAAAAUGGCUGGCAAGCAACAACAUCAGCAAGAGGAGCAACGUGGUGUUGAGCUCGACCAGGAUCAGUUCUGCUGUUCUGUAUGUCUGGACCUGCCAAAAGAACCAGUCACCAUUUCCUGUGGACACAGUUACUGCAGACGAUGUAUUGAGGGCUGUUGGGACCAGGAAGAGGAGAGGGGACAGUACAGCUGCCCUCAGUGCAGGGAGACCUUCAGUCCAAGGCCUGUUCUGAGGAGGAACAACAUGCUGGCUGAGGUGGUGGAGAAGCUGAAGAAGUCAAGCACCCAGGCUUCUCUCCCUGCAGCUGCAGCCUGUGCCGGACCAGCAGACAUUGUCAUCUGUGAUUUCUGCUGUGAGACCAGCCAAAACAAAGCCACGAUGUCUUGCCUGACGUGCUUGGCAUCUUACUGUCCAGCCCACCUCAAGCCUCACUACAGUGUUCCUGUGUUGAAGAAGCACCAGCUGGUGUCAGCUACAAUCCCACUGCAGGAAAAGAUGUGUACAAAGCACAACAAGUUGAUGGAGGUCUACUGUCGCACAGACAAGCAGCUUGUUUGCACUCUGUGCGUUAUAGAUGAGCAUAAAGGCCACACAAUAAUUUCUGUGUCAGUACAGAAGGCUGAGACAGAGAAACGAUUGGCUUUGAGUCAAAAUAAAGUCCAGGAGAGAAUCAGGCAGAGGGAGGAGGAGCUGAAGGAGCUGAGCCAAGCUGAGGAGAAUGUCAAGAGUUGUGCCCAGACUGCGCUGCAGGAUUGUGACAAGAUCUUCGCCGAGCUGAUCUCCUCCAUGCAGAGAAGAUGUAGAGAGGUGAAGGAGCUGAUCAGAGACCAAGAGAAAACUGCUGUGGCUCAGGCUGAGAAGCAGCAGCUGCAGCUGGAGGAGGAGAUCAGCAAGCUGAGGAGGAGAGACGCCGAGCUUGAACAGCUGUCACACGCUGACGAUCUUGUCCAUAUGAUUCAGACUUUCCCGUCUCUCUCCACUUCCUGUGACUCUCCAGACUUUUCGCCAGGUGCUGGUCCUGUGCGCUCCUUCAGAGAUGUGACUGACUGCGUGUCUGAGCUGAGAGAUAAAUUAGAGAGAGUCAUGAAGGACACAUGGCCCAGGAUCUCUGCCACAGUCUCUUACAUUGACUUCUCCCUGCCGCCAGUACCAAAAACCAGGGAUGAGUUUUUAGACUAUUGCUGUCCCCUCACACUGGAUGGGAAUUCAAACUACCCGUAUCUCCACCUGAUAGAAGACAACCGCAGGGUGAGGCCUUCACCCACCACGUAUUCUGCUCACUCAGACAGGUUCACUAAGUUUCCACAGGUGCUGUGCAGAGAGGGUUUGACAGAGCAAUGUUACUGGGAGGUGGAGUGGCAUGCUCGCACUCUGUCUGCAGCAGUGGCAUACAACAACAUCCACCGCACAUCAGACGAGUCACGUUUUGGGAACGAUGACAAGUCCUGGUGUUUGGAGUGCACAGAAAAUGGUUACUUGUUCCGUCACAAUAACGUAGUAACGAGGGUGUCAGGCCCUCGCUCCGAAAGGAUUGGAGUGUAUCUGGACUAUAAAUCAGGCACUCUGUGCUUUUAUCAUGUCCCCUACCCAAUGAUCCUGCUCCACAAAGUCCAGGCCACAUUCACCAAGCCUCUGUAUCCUGGGCUUGGGCUGGAAUAUGAAUGGUAUGAUAUUGGAGUGUUUGCACAGUUGGCUAAGUUAUGGUAGCAAAAAUGUGUAUAACUGCAACAACAAUUUCAUUGGGAAAAGUUGUUUUUGACAGUCCGAAAAACAAAAAAUAGUAAAGAUUACUGCAUCAAUUUGCAGCCCAGUCAGUAGAAGAAAAUGUUGGCAGUGUUUGAUUCUGUUAAAAUGGAUACUGUACAAGAUAUUUGUACGCUUCAUAUGUAUCGUAUAAACAUUUCUAAAAUGCAGUUGUUCGACUUUCGAGUUUCAGCAGACCACUGACUGAGACCAGCCGUCUUUUUCAGUGACUCAUUUCCAGCGGUGUUUGUGGCGACAGCAGCGGGGCAUUCUUAAGGCGGGAUUUAGACCUUUGCAUCAAAUCAAUAUCGUACCUAUGGCGUAGGCUCUACAUAAACACAUACUCUACGACGUCACCUGAUUUGCACCUCCCUAGAAAUUUAAUUACAUGGUGGGGUGACGCAGACCUUCAGUUUAUUUUUGUAAGCUGAAACCAUUUCCCUCUGUAGAAAUGAAGCUUUUAUUUACUUUCAUUUCACAGAUAAGGAACAUCAAAUUGUAAAGACAAU